GAGUGCAAGUGCAAGCAACAAACACAGAUAUUAUUUUGCUUUACUCAAUAAACUAUACUCACUGGUUUUGUUUUAUUUCGCUAUCCUAAACCAAAGAAUCCCUCCCAAAUUCUCUCGCAAGUUCCAAUGGCACUUUCCGUUUCCGCGUCUUCCACAAUCGCUUCUCUCAACUCCUCCGAAGCCUCCACGCGUUUCGCACCUGCUUCUUCUUCCUUUUCCUCUGCUUCCGCAAAGCUAUCCUCGCUUCAAUUCCCCCUUCGCUCUCGCUUUCUUCGAAUUGGAACUGCUUCCUCUCCCUCUCGCCGCCGUCGAAUCCUUCCUCUGGUUGAAGCAAAGAAACAAACAUUUUCUUCAUUUGACGAGUUGCUAGCUAAUUCUGAGAAGCCUGUUUUGGUUGACUUCUAUGCUACCUGGUGCGGUCCUUGUCAAUUCAUGGUUCCCAUUCUUGACGAAGUCAGCACUCGCCUUAAGGACAAGAUACAGGUAGUCAAGAUUGAUACUGAGAAGUACACCGCCAUAGCCGACAAAUACAGGAUUGAGGCCCUGCCAACCUUCAUCAUCUUCAAGGAUGGAGAGCCCUUCGACCGAUUUGAGGGAGCAAUGAGUGCAGAUCAGCUCAUUGAACGCGUAGAAACUGGUCUCAAAGUCAAGCAAUAAACCUAGCAAGUCUUUUGUUGUUCACCCUAUCACUUUUAAUUGUGUAAUGAAACCGCAAAGAAUUCUUUCUGUUGGAAUGUUGGAUGUCAUAGGUGAAUAUAUUGGAAGACUAAACUAUUACGUCACUUUUUAUUGAUAGUUUUGUACCUCAAAUUGCUAA